UUCUCUUGGGAAACAUUUUCCUCCUAAUAAAUUAUACUUGUAAUGGGUGACAUGGCAGACAACUCAGUUUCAUAUAGUGGUGUGAAAAACUCUUUGAAGGAAGCUAAUCAUGAUGGAGACUUUGGAAUUACACUCGCAGAGCUGCGGGCUCUCAUGGAGCUCAGGUCCACAGAUGCAUUACAGAAGAUACAGGAAAGCUAUGGAGAUGUCUAUGGAAUUUGCACCAAGUUGAAAACAUCUCCCAAUGAAGGUUUAAGUGGAAAUCCUGCAGAUUUGGAAAGAAGAGAAGCAGUGUUUGGAAAGAACUUUAUACCUCCUAAGAAGUCAAAAACCUUCCUUCAACUAGUAUGGGAAGCAUUACAAGAUGUCACUUUAAUUAUACUAGAAAUCGCAGCCAUAGUCUCAUUGGGCCUUUCUUUUUAUCAUCCUCCAGAAGGGGAUGCUGAACUUUGUGGAGAAGUUUCUGUCAGAGAAGAAGAAGGUGAAGGUGAAACCGGAUGGAUUGAAGGAGCCUCGAUCCUCUUGUCAGUCGUGUGUGUGGUGUUAGUGACAGCCUUCAAUGACUGGAGUAAGGAGAAGCAGUUCCGAGGUUUGCAAAGUCAAAUUGAACAGGAACAGAAGUUCACGGUCAUCAGGAGCGGUCAAGUCAUCCAGAUACCUGUAGCUGACAUUAUGGUUGGAGACAUCGCCCAAGUGAAGUAUGGCGAUCUCCUCCCGGCUGAUGGCAUACUGAUUCAAGGCAAUGACCUGAAAGUUGAUGAAAGUUCGUUGACUGGUGAAUCGGAUCAUGUUAAGAAGUCUCUAGAUAAGGAUCCCUUACUUCUGUCGGGUACCCAUGUCAUGGAAGGUUCUGGGAAAAUGGUAGUUACAGCUGUAGGUGUGAAUUCUCAAACUGGAAUUAUCUUUACCUUACUGGGAGCUGGAGGUGAAGAAUAUGAAAAGAAAGGUAAGAAGAAAAAAGAAAAGGAAAAUAAGAAACAAGAUGGAGCUAUUGAGAAUCGCAACAAAGCAAAAGCCCAGGACGGUGCAGCCAAGGAAAUGCAGCCUUUGAAGAGCGAAGAAGGUGCAGCCAAGGAAAUGCAGCCUUUGAAGAGCGAAGAAGGUGCAGCCAAGGAAAUGCAGCCUUUGAAGAACGAAGAAGGGGAGGACGGCGAUGUAAAGGACAAGAAGAAAGCAAAUCUGCCAAAAAAAGAAAAGUCCGUUCUACAAGGGAAACUGACGAAACUGGCUGUUCAGAUUGGCAAAGCAGGUCUACUGAUGUCUACCGUCACAGUUAUCAUCCUAGUAUUAUAUUUUGUGAUUGAUACCUUCUGGGUCCAGAGGAGACCAUGGCUUGCUGAGUGCACUCCGAUCUACAUACAGCACUUUGUGAAGUUCUUCAUUAUUGGAGUCACGGUUCUAGUGGUUGCAGUGCCCGAAGGUCUGCCGCUGGCGGUCACCAUCUCAUUGGCCUACUCAGUCAAGAAAAUGAUGAAGGAUAAUAACUUAGUGAGGCAUCUGGAUGCUUGCGAGACCAUGGGGAACGCUACAGCGAUCUGUUCAGAUAAAACGGGAACAUUGACAAUGAACCGAAUGACAGUUGUUCAGGCUUACAUAAGUGAACAGCAUUACAAAAAGAUUCCUGAACCAGAAGCUAUUCCUCCAAAUAUUCUGUCCUAUCUAGUAACAGGAAUUUCUGUGAAUUGUGCUUAUACAUCAAAAAUAUUGCCGCCAGAGAAAGAGGGUGGAUUACCUCGUCGUGUGGGUAAUAAAACAGACUGUGCCUUGUUGGGAUUUCUCUUGGAUUUAAAACGGGAUUAUCAAGAUGUUAGAAAUGAAAUACCAGAAGAAGCAUUGUACAAAGUCUACACCUUCAAUUCUGUUAGGAAGUCCAUGAGUACAGUCCUGAAAAAUUCAGAUGGAAGUUACCGCAUCUUCAGCAAGGGCGCAUCUGAGAUAAUGCUGAAAAAGUGUUUCAAAAUCUUGAGUGCUAACGGUGAGGCAAAAGCAUUCAGCCCCAGGGACCGUGAUGAUAUUGUGAAAACUGUGAUUGAGCCGAUGGCAUCAGAAGGCCUGAGAACCAUCUGUCUGGCGUUCAGAGAUUUUCCAUCGGGAGAGCCAGAACCAGAGUGGGACAACGAGAAUGAUGUCAUCACUGGCCUUACCUGCAUUGCUGUUGUGGGGAUUGAAGAUCCUGUGAGGCCUGAGGUACCAGAGGCAAUAAAGAAGUGUCAGAGAGCUGGAAUUACUGUGCGCAUGGUCACUGGUGAUAAUAUUAAUACUGCUCGUGCUAUUGCUACCAAAUGUGGUAUUUUACAGCCAGGGGAAGAUUUCCUUUGCUUAGAAGGUAAAGAUUUUAACCGAAGAAUACGAAAUGAGAAAGGAGAGAUUGAACAAGAGAGGAUAGACAAGAUUUGGCCAAAGCUUCGAGUCCUCGCAAGAUCCUCUCCCACUGACAAACAUACACUGGUUAAAGGUAUAAUUGAUAGCACUGUCUCCGAGCAACGUCAGAUUGUGGCUGUAACUGGUGAUGGUACAAAUGACAGCCCUGCACUAAAGAAAGCAGAUGUUGGAUUUGCAAUGGGCAUUGCUGGAACUGAUGUGGCUAAAGAAGCAUCUGAUAUUAUUCUCACAGAUGACAACUUUACAAGCAUUGUUAAAGCAGUUAUGUGGGGACGAAAUGUCUAUGACAGCAUCUCAAAGUUCCUUCAGUUCCAGCUUACUGUUAAUGUAGGAGCAGUGAUUGUUGCUUUCACGGGUGCUUGUAUUACUCAAGAUUCACCACUUAAGGCGGUACAGAUGCUGUGGGUAAACCUCAUCAUGGACACACUGGCUUCCCUGGCCCUGGCAACAGAACCACCUACCGAAUCACUCCUGCUUCAGAAGCCUUAUGGUAGAAAUAAGCCUCUUAUCUCACGUACAAUGAUGAAGAAUAUUUUGGGUCAUGCAUUCUAUCAACUCGUAGUGGUUUUUACACUCUUAUUUGCUGGAGAGAAGUUUUUUGAUAUCGACAGUGGAAGGAAUGCUCCUCUGCACGCUCCCCCCUCCGAACAUUACACUAUUGUGUUCAAUACCUUUGUGCUGAUGCAGCUUUUCAAUGAAAUAAAUGCCCGGAAAAUUCAUGAUGAAAGAAAUGUGUUUGAAGGAAUCUUUAGUAAUGCCAUCUUCUGUACCAUUGUGUUAGGCACCUUUGUGGUCCAGAUACUAAUUGUGCAGUUUGGUGGGAAACCUUUCAGCUGCUCAGAACUUUCAAUAGAACAGUGGCUGUGGUCAAUAUUCCUGGGAAUGGGGACCUUACUCUGGGGCCAGCUUAUUUCAACAAUUCCAACUAGCCGUUUAAAAUUCCUAAAAGAAGCUGGUCAUGGAACACGAAAGGAAAAAAUACCUGAGAAGGAGUUAGCAGGGAAUGUUGAAGAGAUUGAUCAUGCCGAAAGGGAGUUGCGGCGUGGCCAGAUCUUGUGGUUUAGAGGUCUGAACAGAAUACGAACACAGAUUCGAGUGGUGAAUGCAUUUCGUAGUUCUUUAUAUGAAAGGUUAGAAAAGCCAGAAUUAAGAAGUUCAAUCCACAACUUUAUAACACACCCUAAGUUUAGGAUAGAAGAUUCAGAGCCUCCCAUCCCUCUUAUUGACGACACUGAUGCUAAAGAGGGCACUCCUACAAAACGCAACUCCAGCCCUCCACCCUCUCCUAACAAAAAUAACAAUGCUGUUGACAGCGGAACUCACCUUACAGAAGAGACGAACAAGUCUGCUACCUCUUCAUCCCCAGGAAGCCCACUACAUAGUUUGGAAACCCCACUCUGAUUGUAAGCUGAAUGUUAACACACUCGCUACAUUGUAAAGAAACAAACUGAAACUGAGUCUUUUCACAUAUUGUGACGGACAAGAUAGUAUUUCUUGUCUUUGGACUUCAACAGAAGACACACUUGUACAAAUGUAGAUUUAUUUUAAAAAAAAAUGCAAAGCUUUCUGCCAGACUGAGGGUGCUUUUGAGGGGAUGGGAGAAACGAACUGAUGGAUGAACAGCUCGGCAUAAGUGACCUGUGGAUCAUCAGUGGUGCCUAGCGAGGUCCUGACAGUGUAUUAGCAGAGCUGUGGUUUAUCUCAGUCCUUGAUGGGAGAAAGGGAGGAGUGAAGCUGGGCAAGACAGAGAACCCUGGAUCAUUGAAUAGAUACUUUAAUUUCUGCUGUUGGCUGUUAAUAAUUUGGAUUAUUUAUGUUUAUAAAUGAUACAGAUCUGUUUACAAGGUUUGUAGACACUUUUUUUUGUUCUUCUUCAUAGAUGGGAAGCUUCCUUAUAACUAAUGCAGAGAAAAAUUAGUCCUUCAAAUACUGCUGUAUUUUCAGGAAAUAAAAAAGGGGUGUUUCUAUUGAAACUGU